AUGCCCUCUGCGACCGCAACUGGUGCCGACAGGCCCAGUGGUGCCCAUUCUCGCCAGCACAACCAGGGAAACCAAGAUAGGAAAUACACCCCAGAGCAAAAAGCGGCAGUACUAAGAGUGCGGAAAUGCUCUGCUACAGCGUUUUAUGAGAUUCUCGCAGUCGAGAAAACCGCGACAGAUGGAGAGAUUAAGAAGGCUUAUCGGAAGCUCAGCUUGUUGACCCACCCAGACAAGAACGGCUACGAGGGUGCAGACGAAGCAUUCAAGAUGGUAUCGAGGGCAUUCCAGAUAUUAUCUGAUGCAGACAAGAAAGCCAAAUAUGACAGAUUUGGCGGAGACCCAGACAACAGAUUCAACGCUGGAGCGUCGACAUCUUCACCUUUCGGUGGCUUUGGAGGCUUCCAACCACAUCCCGGACGGCAAUAUGCUUAUGAGGAGGAGAUUUCUCCGGAGGAACUCUUUAAUAGAUUCUUCGGCGGAGCUGCAGGCGGAGGAUUCGGACCGUUCGGUAUAGUUUCUCAAGCUUCUAAUGGACACUUUGGCAAUGUUCGAACUUUAUCACUAACAAAUACCGCAGGAGGUGGCAUAUUUGAUGGUGGUCCCCAGUUUGUCUUUAGCAUGGGAGGCGGCCCCGGUUUUCGUGUACAUCAAUUCGGAGGGAAUCGACCACGAAGACGCCCGAGAGAUACGAAUGAGCCAGAUCCCUCCCAGACGCCUCCAGGAGUUGCAUCUCUCACACAAUUUCUCCCUCUCCUCCUACUAUUUAUCCUACCCUUCCUGUCCAACCUGUUUAGCAGCACUUCGCCUUCAACGCCAUCUUUCAAACUCCACACCCCAGAUCCACCACAUACGCUCCAACGAAUGACCCCGAAACUCAAACUCAAAUACUUCCUCAACCCAACAGAUAUUGAAGACUACAGCCCGCGCAAACUCCACCAGCUAGAUCAGAGAAUUGAGGUUGACUACGUAGCCAACCUACGCCGUGAGUGCCAGAGUGAGAUAAAUUACCGCGAUCGCCUGGUUCAAGAUGCUCAAGGGUGGUUUUUCCCAGACGUUGAGAAGAUGAGAGAGGCACAAGAUCUAGAGCUCAAGAGUUGUGCAAAACUAAAGGCACUCAGUAGCUGA